AAAUUUGAUUAAUACUUUAUUUAGGAAAAUGAAUGAUGAUGCUCCAGUUAUUUAUGGUGUAGAAUACCAAGCAAGAUCGUUAUGCGCUCAACAAGGUGAAACAGAAUCAAUUCGAUUUCUUGUGGGCACACAAUCCUUAAAGUCAGAUAAUCAAAUUCACCUAAUUGAUUUUGACGAUGAAAGUAACAUUAUAAGCAAGUACAUCUUUCUUCAUUCUCCUGGAGAAAUAUGGAACAUUGAUGCAUGUCCAGCAGAUAAAAACAUUUUAGCAACAUGUUAUAACACCAUCAAAGAUGGAAAGACAUGCACGAGAGCUUCUGUGUGGAGAAUGCCUCCACUUGAUGAAAUGGAGCCACCUGCGUUCAACGAUAUGUCAAAUGAUGGCUCCUCCAGUAACUACACUUCAUUACGUUGUGUAUCUGAUUUAGAAACCGGGCAUGGUGAUGUUAAAAAGGUUUUAUGGAAUCCAUGUGGUGACAGUAACAAAAUGUUAACCAUCUCCGAGCGCCAUGUUGAUUUAUGGAUUUCAAAUAGUGGUGAGGUGCGUCACACUGAUACCAUAACAUUAGAUGGCAAAGCACAACUUCAUUUCAAUGUUGGUCGAUUCAACCCCCAUCAUGGAGGGUCACAGAUUGCUACAGGUAUUGAUACGUCAAUAAAAGGGUAUGACUUGAGAAGUAUGUCUCCUUCGUUUACUAUUGAAAACGCGCACAGUCAAAUGAUUAGAGACCUUGAUUUCAAUCCGAACAAACAGUAUUAUUUUGCAAGUUGUUCGGAUGAUUGUAAAGUUAAGUUUUGGGAUACUAGAAAUACACAUGAACCUUUAAUGAUUCGUGCAGACCACUCCCAUUGGGUGUGGAGUGUAAGAUACAACAACUUUCAUGAUCAAUUGGUGUUAACAUCUAGUAGUGACAGUCGUGUAAUAUUGUCUAACAUUGCAUCGCUGUCGUCAGAACCUUAUGGUCAUAUAGACGAGGAUGAAGAUGAUAAUGAAAAAGUACCAGAUGUUGACCGUGUCAUUAGUACUUUUGAUGAACACGAGGAUAGUGUGUAUGCCGUGGAAUGGUCUAGUGCAGAUCCAUGGGUGUUUGCAUCUCUUUCGUAUGAUGGACGACUUGUUGUUAAUCGUGUACCUAGGGCUGAAAAAUAUAAAAUUUUGCUUUAAGUGUUUUUUAUGUUCUUUCUUUUGUGUUCAGAAUUUUACGAUAUUACUUUUAUAUUAAAAAGCUGUGGUUUUGCUUGCAAUGUGUUUUAUAAACUCUGUCUUAUCUUCCUUAAAUUAAAUUAAUUUUUAUUUGUGGUGGUCUGUUUUUUAUCUUUUUUUUUAUAUAUGAAAUGUAGAAUCGCAAAAUACACUGCAUGUUAAUGUAAACAACGAGUUGUUGUUGCCUUUAUGUUAGAAUGGUGUAUAUAUGUGAACUCUGUUCUCAUUCGGUGAUGAUUCACUUUAUGUAUUGUAUAUGCAAAGAGCAAGGGAGUGUAUAGAUUGUACACAGCGGAACACAGGCUUGCCACCUGUCUAAUUUCUUUAGAUCUUAGUUAUAAAUCUUUUUAUCUUCAAUUACAGUCAAAUUCUCUUUGAAGAUGUCUAUUGAUUUUCUCAA